AAUUUUCACAGACGAACUUAUAAACUUUAAAGAUUAUUUUUACGUCGUGUUUUACAAAUUAAUAUCAUUAAGGGUCUCGUUGACGACGAUGUUAGGAAAUUUCAAAAUAUUUCUGGUACGCCACAAAUUAUAUUAUCGUCAUUAAUAAAUGUCCAUUCUGUUUUUGUCUAUUUGAAAAUAGUCAACUCUCACUUUAAUUAGAGGAAAUUUUGACCCUUGUCACACUAAAUAAGAGGGAAACUGAAAACUUACCGCAGUAAUAAUUAGAGGAAAAAUGGAAAAAUAAUUGUUUAUCUGAGCUAAUUAGAGGACGCACUAAAUUAGAGAAGAAUUUCGUUCUUUAACUACCAGAAAAUGCUACGGCGAAAUUUAUGUUUCAAACGAACAUGUGAAUAAUCUUUGUAAGGACAAUGGUACCACAUGUUAAUAACAAUUACCAAUCUUGAAUGUCAUUUUAAGAAGGCAGUUUUUAACUUUAAAUAUUAUAUAUACUGGGCUACCGUAACAAGGUGACAAUUCUCAUGCCUGGUAUUGUUGGCCCUGCAACAAGUGGUAUAGUAUCGGUUAUAAUUUACAAGUUUUAUAAAUUUCUUACAGAUUUUCGAAGCAUAAUGAUAUGGCGAAUCUACGCAACAAGUUUGUUUUAUCUCCUGCAGAUCACUUUUGUAGUAAAGGCUGACACUAAAAGCAUCCUGGAAGUGUUUAAUAUCAAACAUACGGAAUGCUUGACUGAUACAAAAAAGAUAGCUUCACAUUUGCGAAUCAGAGAGAAAUGUGUGGUUAAGUUUACUCAGUUUUUGAACUGCUUCCCUCAAACAGCGAGACAAACAACAGUUUACGAGCCAUGCAGUCCUUUGUUCUUUUAUGAAAGCGGCAUGGUUCCCGCUCGUUGCAAUGAAAAUGGCACGUGGGAGACGAUCAAAACAUUGGAACACUGCAAAGUACUCCCCCCUCACCUUCUAGCUGAAAAAAGAGACGAAUUUCUGCUGAAGCAUAACAUAUCAACUGAAAAGAAGCUGAGAGGACAGAAAAUAAGAACAGCACAUAAACUGCGCGCAGAAAGAAUAAAGGAGGUCUUGCAAUGUAUCGAUCUUUCCUUAUGCAUUGCAAGUCUAAUUCUGUUAUUCUGUUUCAUACCUCUAGACAACGCCAGGGUGAUGCUGCACCGCAAUUUAAUUUCAUCUUUCCUUCUGUCAGACAUUCUCAAAAUUUUACUGUGGACAAAAUACAAUAAAAUCGGUUAUACGGCGGAAUGCAACACAAUAUUUGUUGCGCAAAAUUUUUUCUUUUUGGCUCAAGUCUGUUGGAUGUUCAAUGAAGGCUUCUUCCAGUUUCGACAGUUCUUCUUUGUGUUUGUACAAAAACCAUACAUUUGGCGUUAUUUUUUGUUUGGAUGGGCAUUUCCUGCCAUAGUCACGUUUGGUAUUUACCUUCCCCUAAUGUUGAAAUUUCCUGUCACAUCGAAAAACGAAGACAUAAAGAUGUGUUGGAGAUUAUUCAAACAGUACGAGAUCAAUCAAGUUAUCUACGUUCCUGUCGUCAUACUAAUGAGUGCCAACAUGAUUAUGAUGACAUACUUGAUGUGGAUGAUUUGGUCAAAACUGAAGGACAGUAACAACAACGAAUUGCACAAAGCAAGAAAAGCAGCUCGCGGAUUUUUUAUCUUGAUCGUACUUCUUGGAGGUGGUUAUGCAUUUACCUUGUAUGGUCCGGACGAUUGCUAUGAAUUUAAAUAUUUCGAAGCUGUCGUUGCAGAAACUCAGGGAAUAUUUGUAUGUUUGGCACAUGUGAUAUUCAGUCGAGAAGUAAACGAAGCUAUCCGAGGAAAGUAUCGAUUGUUCAAACUGGAAAUAUGGGCAUCAACAGAUUCCAAUUUGAGACGACCUAGCAUAGCAGAAAGAUUAUCAAACGGCAGCCGAACAAACCACUCGUCGUCCAAUUUAAUGAUUCCUAGCUACGCAAACACUGCUAAAGGCUCUGGCAUUUCAGAAGACGACGUGUUCGCGUUUAAUCAAUCUAAUGCACUUCAUCAGAAACAUGGCGACGAGUUAUUUAUAGCUGUUGAUAAAGCCUUUCAGGAGAUGAAACGAAGGAAACCCGAGGCAAACUGAAUAACAUUUGAGAUAUUGGUAUGCGAUUUAUAACUGUAUAAACACUGUUUUGCAGGAAUUUAAUAUUUGAAGAGUUGUUGGGGAUAAUAUACAUACGCUUUCCAAUCCUUUCUAAUUGAAUUCUCAAUUGAAUAAAUAUCAUCGAAGUUUGGGAGUAAUCAUUGUAUGAUUUUUUGUGUGAUAUAAAAAUCAUUAGUAAGGAUGAAAAUUGAAAAAGGAAUACCGAAAAUGCCCUGAUAAACGCCCAGUCUCUAUUAAAGCCCUCCUAAAUUUCUAAAAUAUUUAAUAAAACCCGGCCUCUAUUUACCACCCUUCACCAAUAAAUUCCCCCUUAAAAACCUCAUUAGAGUAUUUACGGUAACCUUAUAAAAAAUGUUUUAGAAACGAUAGUAGUUGAAAAACUCACAUAUAUAUAUGCGUGCAUUAUUAUUCGUAGCUACUAACCAUAGCCCAUCGUCCGUCGUACAUAUUUUUCCGCAUCAC